AUGCCCUGGACUGCCCGCGUUUCUGUUGCGGUGUUGAGCAGACGAGGAGAGAGGGCGGUUUCAGAGUCUCCCAUCCCCAUGAAGGGGUCAGGCGCUGCGCAGCCCGGGACAGAAGAGCGCCGAGAAAAGCUGCCGCCCGGGAGCAGCUCGGCGUCCUCGGUCCGGGCUUCAGCGUUGUUGAUGGACGAUGACUUCCGUGCCAAAUAUCCUGCCCUAGCCAAGGCGCUACAGGAAACUGUCUGUGGCGCUCCAGCCCCCGCUGCUGCCUCUUCCACGGCUGCUGUUCCCUCUUCAUUGCCUCUCGCUCCUCUCUCCGCCGUUGCUGCGGGCGAUCCCGGCGCGUCACCCGAAGCGCCUCCCUCUCCGCUUCAUCGGCUGGACAAGCCGGGCGCGCCAUCCGUCUCUCUUGCCGACCCCCCGCCCGUCUCCGCGCCGCCGGUGUCGCCUCCCGGCCCUUGUAGUUCCUAUGCGCCCACGCCGAGCGCAUCGGCGCCGGCUCUCUCGCCGUCGUCCUGCUUUUCGUUUGCCUCGGGCUCUCUCCAGGUUGACCUCGGCCGCGGUAGAGGGGCGCCGGCCUUCGUGCCGUCGCCGACUGUCGGUACAAAUCCGCCGUCUGUUCAGACCACUCACCACGCGGGGCUGGCCUCGCCCCAGUGUCCUGGCUUCCGCGCGCCGUCCGCCGCCUCCUCUGCGGAGCGACCGUCCGCUCCCUCCGCCGUCGCUGGGAGGACUCCCGAGGCGCCCGCGGCUGCCCUCGGCGCGGGUGUGGCGGGCGCCGCGACGCAGUCACCGGCUAGGGCGCGCGAGUUUCCAGCGCCCGUCGCAGAGGGGCGAGGCGCUGCGGCACAGGGCGACACGCAGCCUGGCGGCGCACCUGCCUCGGCGGGGGCGAGGUCACCGUCUUCCGGUCUUCCCCAUUCUCUUCAGCGCGGGGCGCUGACCGGCGAAUACUUGUCCGCAGAGAAAGAGGCCAUGACUGCAGAGAGACGGACGUUCCCCGGGCACGCAGCGGCCGCCUCUGGGGUCGAAGUCCAGCCGCCGGCUUCGAGAUAUAUUCCCGCGGAUCUCCGCUACCGGGAAGAACUGUGGUCGCCGCCCUCUGAGCCAGCCACAGAAAAACACAGAGAGCGGGCAGACCAAGACAGGCCCGAAGAAGCUCAGCCCCCUGGUACGGAGGCCGCGCCGUCUCCGCCCUUCGCGGCGGCAGCGGCAGCGGGCCCCCCUUACCACUUUCUGAACAGGCUGGAACAGCUUCAGCGUCAGUACGCAGGCGUGGUGAACGCGCGGAACGCCGUGGAGUAUCAGUAUCAGCUCUUCCGUUCUCUGGAUCGACCGCCGAUCCUGCUGUCCCCUCCGCCGCGCCCCGGCUUUGCACCGGCGACCCCGAGUCCGGGCGCCUACGCCAAGCUCCCGGCUCAACUGCCGAAGCCGCUGCAGAAUCUCCAACAGCUGUAUCAGCACCGUCACGCCAUGACGCAGGGGGGGCUGCCUCUGCGACCUGGCGAGCCCGGCGCUGCGAUUCCAGGCUUUCCGCCGGCAGCUGGGGCCGUCGCCCCCGGUGGCCCGCUGCUGCCCUGGCAGACGACGGCGCCGCCCCCGUUCUGCCCCGCGGCGUUGGGCUCCAAGGGCCCGGGCACGGUCUGGGGCCCCGUGGGGGGCCGCCCCGCGGCCGCGUACUCGAAAGCCCCGCCGGCGACCGUCGCGGGCGCAGCGGCAGUCCCCCUGCCUCCACGGCUCGCUCAGGGGCAGCGAGUGGCGCAGAUGGACUGGAACGGGCUAGGGCCCAUUGAGAAGGAGCGAACAGUCAACCCAGCCAUCGUUUUCGCUAAGGAGACGAUGGACGGGGUCCUGCAGCAGCUUCAGUCCGAGGCGGUCGCUUUGAAGAAGGGUAGUCGGGAGAUGGGCAGAAAGCUGAUGGAGUCGAAAGAGAAAUCCGAAGUCGAGCAGUGGAGAAACAUGGGCGUCGACGAGCUUCUCUGCGAACUUACAGCCGAGCAACAGGCGUUCAUCAAGGAGCAACUCAGGGCCAUCGACGAGGCCAAGGAGAACCUCCAGACGAUGAAGAGCGAGGCUGAGCGGAUCGGGCAUCAGACGCGGGACGCCUUCUAUCGGUCCCUCUACACUGCAGGCCAAGAGGACGAACAAGUCCAGGCGCAGCGGGAGCAGGUGAAGAAGCUGGAGGGGCUGCGGCACCAGCUGCCUCCCGAGUCAGCGGCCGACGCCACGGUCGCCAGCUACGUCGCGCAGGCUGGACCCGAUCCCCUCGAAAAACUUGAGCAACUCAACCUCGCACACAAUUUGGAGCAGAUGCAUCCGCAAAAGUGCAAACACGCGGUCGUCUCGCUGCUUCGCCAGAUGGGCUACCGGCAUUCCUCCAAGCCCGUCCCGGUUCGCCGCAACGGAUAUCCUGCGCAGUACUACUCAAAGUUUCCUGAGCUCUACCCGUAUCCUGAAUACGGGACUGGGCUUCCUUUGUCUCAGCAGGCGAUUCAGGAACGCACGCGGGAGCUUCAAGAAAAGGGCGAGGUUCCUUCGUUUGCGUCUCUGCUGGACCCGGGGCAGGCUGCGGGCGGCGCCGGCGCGGGUCCCGAGAUGCUUUCUUUCCUGCUGAAGGAGGAGCGGCAGCUGAUGGAGGCGCAGAAGAAGAAGCAGACGGAAGAGAUGGACUGGGAAGAGUAUUUUCGCUCGAAGCGCGAGGCGCGGGAGCGCGCACUUGAGGAAGAACGCGCGCGGCAGGCGCGGGAAGAGGCGCUUCGCGCCGCGGAGGAAGCCCGCCAGGCAGUCGAGCUUCUGGCGCAGCGCCAGAAGAUCGUCGAGGAGGAGACGCGGUGUGCCGAGCGGAAGGCGCGCGCCGAGCGCGAGAUGGCGCAGGCCCAAGAGGACAAGGCGCGUGCCCUCCAGGAGGCGCAGCUGAACGCGCUUGCCGCGCGCCACGAGGCGAUGAGACUUGAGCAGCGCGAACGUGAGCUGGCCGCGAAGGAGCGCGAAGUGAAGAGCACGCUGGAGGACUUGAAGCGCCAGUUGGAAGGCGGGUUGGACGAGAGCGCGCCUCUGCGGCGUGUGGAUGCAGACCUCGACCGCAGCGGCACGAGGGCAGGAGGGGAAGGGGGGGGAGCGGAGGACGCGAAAGCGUCGCAGGAGGGCGCCGCGCGCCUCGGCAGUCGGAAGCCUACUCGGCAGAAGAGCGGCCUUGCACGCGCCUUCUCGCAGCGCGGCAGGCAGACGACCUUGACAGUCGAGGCUGCGGAGACGCUUGCCAACCAGAUGAAGAGGGACUCGCUGCUGAAGCGGCGGAGCCUCGCGAGUCCGCGAGAGGCGGCGCGCGGCCGCGGAGAUGAGGAGGACAAGACGCUGUUGGUGAUGCCCACUGUCGGCGUGCAGCGGACUCUCACCAUGUACAAGACGCCCCUGUCUCGCACGCUUUCUUCGUCGCAGCAAGCCGCAGCGGACGGCGCAAAGACUGGAGACGCGCAGCGGCUAUACCUGGAUAAACCUGAAGCGACGCUAGACGACAAAAGGGAGUUGGAGACUGUCCAACUCCCCGAAAAACUCCUCGCUGCAGGGCUCGUGGUGCAGCCAGUGGAAACUCGAAAGAAGGCCGAACUCACCAACAACACGCUGGCCAAACGGCUGCCGCCGCAGAAAUGCGAGACGUUCGUGCAUCUGAGUCCGCCGCGCGAGCCGCGAGACGCCACCGAAGUCUACGCGCGCUACAAAUGCGUGAAGGAGCUGCUCGCGACAGGCCAGCUCGGCUUGAGAGAAAAGGCGCAGGACGUCUACGACUUCGCCUUUGCGUGCUGCAAGAAGAUCGUGCGAGAGGACGCCCACGCUCAGCAAUACGCAAAUGUACUGGUCGAGGCGGUUCCUUACUAUCCGUACCAGAUCGACAUCCAGCGGGCGGGCGUCAUUGCCUUCCUCAACAUCUUUGAGCACUGCAAGUACCAGGAGCAGCUCUGCGUGCCUCUGUUUGACUGCCUGACGACGUUGAUGGCGAUUGAGGACGUCGAUCUCCGCGGCGACAUCGUGGCUGUCAUGGCCGCAGUUAUUCGCCCGCAGGUGGUGAUCAACUCCGAUUUAGUUGACCUGCUGCUCACCUUCAUCGACCGCGCCACCGACGCCCAGCUCUGUAGCUACGGCCUCCACAUUCUUCUCGUCGCCCGCUCGCCUCACAGAAAGGACGCGCAGUACGCGCUCUUCGUGCGGCUCCUCGGCAAGUGGAAAUUCGAGUCGACUGUCCCCACCAGAGCUUGUCUGGCGAUCGACGCGUUCGCCAAGCGCGCGCGGCUCGAGGAGUUGGCGGCGCAUGAGCGCCGGAAGCACAAGCAGGAGGGGAGUGCUGAGAUUUCCGAGGGCCUCGAGAAAUUCCGCAGAGGCCUGUCGUACUCAGAAGUGAACCAGUUGAUGGACAACCCGCAGCCGCCUUCCUGGAUGGGGCGCGACACAAACGACAUCGAGCAGAUCGUGAUGAUCAUGGAUCGCCACUCUCAAGUUCGGCGCCUGCAGGGCGCGGCCUGUCAAGCGCUGUCUUCGCUGUGCGGCGUGUCGCUGCUUCACUGCGAGCGCGUGGGACGCGAGGGCCUCGCGCGCAUGUACGCGGCGACGCUGAGCCACAAGGAGAGUCAGACGAUUGCUCUGUCGCUCUGCGCGGUGAUUUCGCUCCUCGCUUCGGUGCCUAAGUGCCGCAGCUGCCUCCAGCCCAAGAUGCGCGAACUCGUGAAGCAGUUCAUCGCCCGCCACCGCACAGUCCCCGAGGUGGUCGCCGCGGCCUGUGGGGCGCUCGCGAAGCUCGACGUGUUCUUCCCUCUGACGAACGAGAGCAUGGAGAGGCUGACUCUGGCGAUUAUCGUGAACAAUUUGAAGAACUCCUCAGACCAGCCGCAGGUGGUCAUUCCCAUUGAGGACCUCAUUCAGCGCAUCGCUGGAAAAGUCAGCGAACUGGGCGAAGUUCGGCAGCGCCUUAUCGAGCUCGACGCCGUGGAGGCCCUCAUUAAGUCCAUCACGGGCUGCAACGCAGACCUGCAGGCCUGUCAGCUCGGCUGUCGCGCGGUGUCGCGGCUGCUGUACCAACAGCCGGAGUCCUCCCGGAUCUACGCAGAUCUUGUGCGCCUGCGCGUAAUGACGGCGCUUCUCUUCGUCCUCCUCAAGCACCACAAGAGCGCGGAUUACUGCCGUGACGCACUCUGCUGUAUUGCGAACUGCGCCUCGUACCAGCCGUGCGCUGAAGCCGUCAUGGAGCGAGGCAUGAACGUGAUUUCCAAGGCAAUGGACGCGAACAUCACCGACAUUGAAGUCGUGGCUCAGGGGUGCCGUUGCCUCGGGCUGCUGGCGGCGGAGGCGUCGCUGCGGGCGCCGGCGGACAGCCGCGCCAAGUCGAUUAUUUCCUACGCGGCUGAGCGGUUCUCGACCAAGGCCGAGACGCGCCGCCUCUUGAGCGAGUUCCUCACCGACAUUUUCCAGCAGAAGGGGGUCGCGAAGCAGCUUAUCGAGCCGCUGUGGAAUCCCUCGCAGCCGUUUCAAACGCCGCGGCACUCUAGCUCCCUCCAGAGCACGCGGAGCCGAGACAGACACGACACAAACGAGGAAGGCUACGCCGCGGCCCGCGGUCGAGACGGCAGCCGCGACCCCCGACAGCGUUCGCCCCGAGAUCCCCGCGCGCUGGAGAGGCUCUCCUCGCGCCGCACUGUGCGCUCGCCCUCCCUCUCUCCCCUGCCGUCCUUCAGAGAUCUGAAUUACUGA